AAGCGCAAGAAAGCCAUCUUCGACUCGGACUCGGACAACGACAACGACAACGACAACCCCAAGCCCAGCGGCACCGACAACAAUGCAAUCGAAAUCUCCACGCUCGGCGGGCUAGACGACACCCCAGCCCCAAAAGCAGCAGCACCAUCUAAACGGCCCCUCCCCAAAAACCACUCCCAACCACCGUCCAAACGCCAACUCCUCUCCGGCGCAGGAGGCAGCGCCAGCGCCCUAAACCCACCGAACAAGAAACCCCUCUCCAAAACCUCCAUCUUCGCGGACGAUUCCGACAAUGAUGAGACAGCACAACCCACCACAACCUACGGCCUCAACAAACCCGGCAAACCCACCCCUCAACCCCAAAUCCAACCGGAGACCACCAACCUCUCCUCCCUGCACAGCAGCCGCCAACACGCGAAAUCCGCCUCGACCAUCGAUCCCACAAUCUACUCGUACGACUCCGUCUACGACAGCCUGCAUGCCAAACCCGCCACCAAAAACCCAUCCUCCUCCUCCUCCACCACCGAACCCGAAGUACCCAAAUACAUGACCAACCUGCUCCGCAGCGCGGAGAUUCGCAAACGGGACCAAACACGAGCACGGGACCGACUCCUCGCGAAGGAGCGGGAGGCCGAGGGCGACGAGUUCGCCGACAAGGAGAAGUUCGUGACGGGGGCGUAUAAAGCGCAACAGGAGGAACUGAAGCGGAUGCAGGAGGAAGAGGAGGAGAGGGAGCGGGUGGAGGAGGAGCGCAGACGGAAGAAUGCUGGAAUGGGGAUGGGGGGCAUGGUGGGGUUCUAUCGCGAUGUGCUUGCUAGGGGGGAGGAGAGGCAUGAGGCUGUUGUUAGGGCGGUGGAGGAGAAUAUUUUGAAGGGUGGGGAGGGGGAUACGGACGGGAAGGGUGAGAAGGGUGAAGAGGGUGCAGAGGGUGGGGAGAAGACGCCGGCGCAGGUCGCGGCGGAGUUGAAUGCAAAGGGCGCCCAUGUGGCGGUUAAUGAUGACGGCCAGGUCGUGGAUAAGAGGCAAUUGUUGUCCGCGGGGCUGAAUGUCGCGCCGAAGCCGAAGGGCGCGGUUCAGCGCGAUGCUGCGGCUGCUGCUGCGGCGGCGGCGGCGGCGAGGGCGCCCGCGCGGUUCGGGAAUCGUCAGGAACGGGGAGGCCAGCGCGCGCGCCAGACGGAGAUGGUGGCGGCGCAGCUGGAGGAGCGCGCGCGGCAGGAGGAGGAGGCCGAGGCGGCGCGCCAGAAGGAGAUCGCGGAGCGCAGUCGCAGUCGUCGCUCCGAGGGCGAGGUGUCGAGUGCGCGCGAGCGCUAUCUGGCGCGGAAGAAGGAGCGGGAGGCCGCU